GCGAAGCAAGCGGUGGAAUUUAGGAACAAGAAAGGGAUCGGGACUGUGCGGGAAAAAGCUGAAACAAAAUCACUAAAAAAAACCCCAAAAUUUCCGACUCUUCCUCCCUUCAAAUCCUAACCAAGCAAAGUAGCCGGCAACAAUGGCCUCGUCGUCGAGCAGCGGCCUAACCUUCAAGCUUCACCCACUGGUUAUCCUCAACAUAUCCGAUCACUAUACUCGAGUCAAAUCUCAGAUGAACCCUCCAAUCUCAUCCGGCAGCACCACCACUACCAACAGUAUCAACGGCGGCGACCAGCAACAGAACCAAUUGCCGCCUAGGGUUUACGGAUGUGUAAUCGGGGUGCAGAGAGGUCGCACUGUUGAGAUCUUCAACAGCUUCGAGCUUCUCUACGAUCCUUCCACUCACUCACUCGACCGCGUUUUCCUCCUGAAGAAGCAAGAGCUCUAUAAGAAGGUUUUCCCUCAAUUUUACAUACUUGGAUGGUACUCCACUGGGAGUGAUGCUCAGGAAUCUGAUAUGCAUAUCCAUAAAGCUUUGAUGGAUAUUAAUGAAAGCCCUGUUUAUGUUCUGCUCAAUCCUUCAAUCAAUCAUGCCCAAAAGGAUCUUCCCAUCUGCAUCUAUGAAAGUGAGUUGCACGUCAUAGAUGGUAUUCCACAGCUUAUUUUUGUCCGCUCAAGCUACACAAUUGAGACGGUUGAAGCAGAAAGGAUUUCAGUUGAUCAUGUUGCGCAUCUUAAGCCGUCAGAUGGAGGUACAGCAGCAACACAAUUGGCUGCCCAUCUCACUGGCAUACACAGUGCGAUCAAGAUGCUCAAUAGCAGAAUCAGGGUGCUUCACCAAUAUCUUGUCGCAAUGCAAAAGGGUGAUAUUCCUUCUGAGAACUCACUGUUAAGGCAAGUAUCAAGUCUCCUAAGAAGGUUGCCAGCCAUUGAAUCAGAAAAAUUUCAAGAUGAUUUCUUAAUGGAGUACAAUGACACAUUGUUGAUUACUUACCUUGCAAUGAUCACUAAUUGCUCGAGUGCAAUGAACGAGCUUGUCGACAAAUUCAACACAGCAUAUGACAGACAUAGCCGGAGAGGUGGACGGACUGCUUUUAUCUGAGAACUGGUAGGUUUUGCAUGGCAGUCGCACGGACUAAUGUCACUUUUCUGUGCUACUGGCUUCUUUUGUGCCUGGCACACAGCAGCUUGGGAAUCUGUGAUGCUGCCAGGCCCUGAAAAUGAUCGAGACAGAAAUAAAUAUCAACA